CCGCCGAAGCAGGGAGGCGGCGAACUCCCUGCACGGUGCACCGUCAGCCGUCCGUCCCGUCAUGUCUCGCGGAGAACGCCAUUGACUAUGGUGGCGCUCGUCAUGGUGUGCCUACGGAGUAUUACUGAGUAAUGACCAUGCUGCAUGCAUCGAACAUGCACCCGAUAAAUCAAACAGCCUUUGGUAACACAGAUGACCUACCUACCUGCACGGGUGCGCGGCAAGAUGCCCCUCUCCCCAAAGCGCCGCGUCCUCCCUCCGUUUUGAUUGCCGUGCCGCGGCCGCCACCCAGCCAGUUUGCGACGACCGAGCUAAGCCUGCAACGCAACCCAACCUUAACAGCCUCGAGCUCGUUGUAUCGAUCCGACUGCCACACACCACACCUCGUCUCGUCGACGAUGAGACAACUUCCUCUCUUGGUCACGAUCCCCGCCUUGCGCACCACCACCUUCGUGACCUGCCCAGGGAACCAGGCGAAAGGAGCCGGGAACACCUCAAGGCCUCACUCGGAAUAUGAACCUUCCCUCCAUCCUCUCAGCAUCUGGUGGUUGUUGUCAAAGCCUCCGCCACUGGCAGUCGAAACCACCUCACCAUCUUCUAUCUUAUGGCACUUGCCGGAUCGUCGUGAUGCAUUUUGAUUGCCAAGGCACCUCGUUACCAUUGGAUCCCCCUCC